CUUUUGUGAAGCACGUUGUAAAGAAAACUUCUGUACACUUCAUCAUUAUCAUAACUAUUACAUAUUGUGGCUGGGGGGGCGUUGCUCGAUAAGUAUGGGACGCGCCCCCUGUCAAAACGUCACAUCCAAACAUGGCAGCCUACUUGAGCCGGUUACACCACAUUUCGCUCCACGUUUCUAACGCGGAGAAAAUAGCCAACGACCUCGUGUCCAAAUUCAAGUUCCGUCUGUUCGCCAGCAGACUGACCCGCGGGUCCAGGCAGCUGGCGUUCAGGAAGGGAGCGGCGGUCUUCCUCCUGAACGAGAGAGAAAACCGGAGCGAUGGGAAGGUGAAUGAAGAGCUGCCUCACCCUCCUCAUCCUCCCCGUCCACAGCGGGCGAAGGUGGGGAAUCACACCCAGGACUCAUCCGAGAGAUGUCUGUACGACGUGAGCCCCGACUUCUCCGUGGACACCGCGAGCAACGUGUGCUUCGAGGUGGAGGAUGUGGAGAGGUCAUUCAUCCACCUCCGCCGCCUGGGCUGCAGCUUCCUGGUGCCGCCCACCACGGUCCAGGAUGACGGGGGUCCUGUCACCUACUCCGUGGUGAAGUCCGUGGUGGGGAACGUGUGCCACACGCUCAUUGACAGGACUAAGUACGAGGGGGCCUUCCUGCCUGGGUUUGAUGUCCACGAGAGGGACAGCAGCCUGGAGGACGAGGACACGUCCUGUCCAAUCACGCACUUCGAUCACAUCACCUAUGCCUGUCCCAGGAAGACGACCCAUCAGGUCAUGAGGUGGUACGAGCAGCUCUUUGGUUUCCAAAGGUUUUUCAUAGACAGGGAAGAAGAUGUGGACGAAGGUUUUGUCAUAAACCAGGAGGGCAUCGGUCUGCGUCUCACUGCCAUGGAGUACUGGAAGUGCAGCAAAUCGGGCAUCGUUCUUCCCUCUGUGGAUAAAAAAGAACCAGACUGCAAGUUUGUCAUAGCCGAAUCACUGCCCGAACAAGGCAGGAACCAGGUCGACACCUUCUUGGAGCAGCACGGGGCCCCAGGGAUCCAGCACAUCGGGCUGUACACAAAAGACAUUGUUUCCACAGCACGUGCAAUGGCUGGAGCUGGUGUGCAGUUUUUCUCCCCUCCUCCUGCCUACUACACUGAGGUGGGGAAACAGCAGGAAAUAGAGGAGGCAGGACACAACCCCCAGAUGCUGGCACAACAUGGUAUUCUGCUGGACACAGACCUGAACAAGGAUCACUCAUCACUAAAAGCAUCCAGUGAAAACAGAAGAUACCUCCUCCAGGUGUUCACCAAGCCCAUCUUCGCAGAGGACACCUUCUUCCUCGAGCUGAUCGAGCGAAGAGGGGCGACGGGCUUUGGCGAGGGAAACAUCCGAGCGCUGUGGAGGUCGGUGCAGGCCUACAUGGGGAACGAGAGGGGGGAUUGUCAAGGAGAGGGAGCCCCGAAGACGGCUCACACCGCUCAGGCUUAGACGCUGCAAACGUUUUUUAACUGAGGCUAUUUUAUUUUAUUUCAUGUGUUUUAUAUGUUAAUAUGAAAUCAUAUAUUGGAAAGGAAUGAUGUCAAAUGUAAAAAGUGAAAUAUUUAAUGAGACAUUGUCUCUAUUUCAGUAUGAAUUCUGUGCACUGCUAACAAAUAAGAAAUGCUAUUGUGCUAAUAUCUGUGGUGAACAUGCCUGAACAUAUUAAUGAUAGAGCAUUGUGAACAAACUGGUUCGAUGACUGAUGUAACAUAAUAUACUUGAAACAUUACAACAAAAUGCACUUGAUGAAGCAGUAAAACAAUGUCUUUGUUUUCACUGUCAAAGCCAAGCAACGGACGACUCCUGAGCAACUGUUCCUCAGUAAAUCUGUAACUCACA